AGUCCAAAAUGGCGACAUUUGACCACUAAUUUUGCGUCGCUUUGGGAUUUGUGUAAAACUUAUCAACUUUUUAAUUUUUCUUGUAAGUUUUGUAAGGUGAAAAUGUCUCAAAGGUUUGCUCCCGGUCAGCCGGGGCAGUCACCAGUGCCUGGACAACCUCGGUACCCACCUCCGCCACCACAGGCAGCCGGAAUGCGGCCAUAUGCAGCUGGCACUGGAUUUCCUCCGCAAAGAGGAUUUCCUUUGCAUCCCAGCAAUACCCAACCUGUAGCCGGUAAUACAAAUUCACCUGUCGGUCCUCCAAUCCACCAGCGUCCCCCACAACCCGGUUUUCAAAGUGGUCUGAGGGGAAGUGGCAGUGGUGGUGGCAGCAAACGGUCUUCCGAAGCUCGUAAUAUAAGCAAUGCUCAGAAUAAGAAUGAAUUUAGCACAGCGGCGAAGAAGAAAAAGAAAUUGGCAGACAAAAUAUUGCCCCAAAAAGUUCGCGAUUUGGUGCCAGAAUCACAGGCCUAUAUGGACUUGUUGACUUUUGAGCGCAAAUUGGAUGCCACUAUAAUGAGGAAAAGAUUGGAUAUUCAAGAGGCCCUAAAACGACCCAUGAAGCAGAAGAGAAAACUUCGUAUUUUUAUCUCUAAUACAUUUUAUCCCAGCAAAGAGCCGACCAAUGAAAACGAAGAGGGUUCGGUUGCCUCCUGGGAGCUAAGAGUUGAAGGCAGAUUAUUGGAGGAUGGAAAGGGAGAUCCGAAUACAAAAAUUAAAAGAAAGUUUUCUUCGUUUUUCAAAUCUCUUGUCAUUGAAUUGGACAAGGAGUUGUACGGACCCGAUAACCAUUUAGUGGAAUGGCAUCGUACUCACACCACACAAGAGACUGAUGGAUUUCAGGUUAAGAGACCGGGCGAUAGGAAUGUUCGUUGUACAAUAUUGCUUUUGUUAGAUUAUCAACCAUUGCAGUUUAAGUUGGAUCCGCGUUUGGCUCGUUUAUUGGGUGUGCACACACAGACACGACCGGUUAUUAUAUCAGCCCUUUGGCAGUACAUUAAGACCCACAAACUACAGGAUGCCCAUGAAAGGGAAUACAUUAAUUGUGACAAAUAUCUGGAGCAAAUAUUUGGUUGUCAGCGCAUGAAAUUUGCCGAGAUACCUCAGCGUCUAAAUCCACUCUUGCAUCCACCAGAUCCAAUUGUGAUUAAUCAUUUCAUAGAGAGUGGGGCAGAGAAUAAACAAACGGCAUGCUACGACAUCGAUGUGGAGGUCGAUGACACACUUAAGAACCAAAUGAAUAAUUUCCUUAUGAGCACUGCUAGCCAACAAGAGAUUCAGGGUCUUGAUGCUAAAAUCCAUGAAACGGUAGAUACCAUUAAUCAAAUGAAAACUAAUCGCGAAUUUUUCCUUAGUUUUGCGAAAGAUCCCCAGACGUUUAUACAACGUUGGAUUGUAAGCCAAACACGUGAUUUGAAGGCUAUGACCGAUGUAGCUGGCAAUCCCGAAGAGGAGCGACGUGCUGAGUUCUACUACCAACCAUGGACUCACGAGGCUGUUUCACGAUAUUUCUUCACAAAAGUCAAUCAGAAGAGAGCAGAGCUUGAACAAGCACUGGGUAUACGAAAUGGUUGAAAGGAAAAGGAAAUAUAAUUUCAUUGGCCAGAGCGGUGUGUGUCACCUGUAGCUAUAAUUCCAUUGUAUAAUUUCUUUAUGGUAUUCUCACUUUAUCUAAAUUUAUUUCUCUUGUAUUUAAUAGUAAUUUCCAAUGACAUUUCAAAGCAUAUUCAAUCUAUCAAUAUUCAUACAAAUUUAAUUCGAAAAAUAUAAUUAUAUACAUAUAUUUAAGUUA